GCGCGUCAGCUGUGAAAUGGAUGAAGCGGAUUCGGUUGGGUCGGUCCCCUCGGAGGACGAAAGUGCGUCAAUUUGUUCAGAACCGAGUGACGAACUAACUAAUCUGGCUGAUGUUCCCGAGAAUGCUCGAGAUUCCAGAGACGAGGAACCAGAAUAUGAGAUGCUGAGUCCCGAUCAACUGUCUCAGCAUAUGGCGGAUAUCACACAAGAGGUAGCUCAGAUUAUUCAAGUCCCUCCCACCUAUCUGCGGUUACUGCUGGCCUAUUUCAAGUGGGACAAACACGCUUUUACAGAGUUCUAUUUUGAGAACGAUAAAGCGCGUACGUUUGCCCAGGCCGGUCUCGUCGAUCCAGCGUCUUUUUCUGACGGUUAGACUCCCAUACGUCCAACUCAACUCAGGUUAACAAAUCCGAACGUUUCUGUGAUAUUUGCUGUAUGAAUUUCCCUCACGAUCAGAUGCAAGGUCUUGCGUGCAGGCACUAUUUCUGUCUUGCCUGCUGGCAGCGGUACCUAGAGUGGAAAAUCAUGGAGGAGAGCCAAGGUGACCGCAUUUACUGUCCCUCCUAUGGGUGCAAUGUUCUAAUUGAAGACGAAUCCGUCUUUCGGGUCAUCACCAACCCGAAUGUCCGCAGACGAUUUCAAAAACUCAUAUCCAACAGUUUCGUCAUGCACAACCGUUCGCUCACCUGGUGUCCCGGAGCUGAUUGUGGCUAUGCGGCACGGUGCCUGGGUCCUGAAGAGCCUCGCCAAAUUAACUGCACCAAUUGUUCCGAGUCUUUCUGUUUCGCGUGUAGUCAGCCAUGGCAUGACCCGGUUCGAUGUGAUCAGCUAAAAAAUUGGCUUAAACGGGUCUCCGAUGAUUCGGGUACAUCAAAUUGGAUCGUUGCCAACACCAAAGAAUGUCCAAAGUGCCACGCCACCAUUGAGAAGAGCGGCGGUUGCAACCACAUGAUAUGCCGUAAUGUCGACUGUAAAUUUGAGUUUUGUUGGCUAUGUUUGGAUCGAUGGGAACCACAUGGUGCCGGGUGGUACAAAUGCAAUCGAUACAAUGAGGACACGGCUAAAAAGGCACGUGAUGCCCAGGCGCAGUCACGACGCAAUCUGGAUCGUUAUUUGUUUUAUUUCAAUCGAUAUUUCAGUCACCUGCAAUCACUACGCUUCGAAGCCCGCCUUUAUGAGUCGGUUCAGGAGAAAAUGGAUGCAAUGCAAAAUAGUGGGACAUCUUGGAUCGAUGUCAAGUUUAUCCGUAAAGUGGUGGAUGUGUUGUGUAGCUGUCGCCGAACACUGAUGUACACUUAUGUGUUUGCGUUUUUUCUAAAGAAGAACAACCAUUCGAUUUUGUUUGAGAGGAAUCAGAGUGACUUGGAACUGUCCACGGAAUAUCUAUCCGGUCUGCUAGAUCGUGACCUGUGUACAACCAGUUUGAAUGAAUUGAAACAGAAAUUGCAAGAUAAAGCACGAUACUGUGCGAGUCGGAGAAGAGUACUGCUCGAACAUGUCGAUGAAGGCUACAAGGAAGGUAUUUGGGAGCCGUACGACCCAUGACUUCCGCCAAACAACAUCGGUCCUGUUACAAACCUAAAUAGGAUGAACCUUGCGGUAACUGCUACUUUUGAAGUCCAGUUCCAAUGUAGACAGGACACCUGGUGAGCAGUGGUUCCAUUUUUAUAUCACCUUUGGACGACUUGAUAAAUUCGGGCAUCCCAACCGUCAGAUGUGGAUACCUCCCCAUUCCCUGUCCACAUUGUAAGAAGUUCAUCCAUGCCCUCUAGCACAGCCCUAGUUCUUCCCCAAACGCGCCAGAUUUCAUUACAUUACCGGCAGACUUACACUUUUUUCCAGCCAUGUGCCACAUAAUCGCGUUCCUCCUUUUCAUCUUCCUCCUUUUUCAUUCUGUUUGCCCAAACGCACACAUCGGAUUGUUGACUUCAGUUGUCUCGGUUACUUUGUACAGUGCUAUUCCG